AUGCGACGAGUCGUCGUGACAGGCCUCGGCGCCGUCACGCCGCUGGGCGUCGGCGCGCGACGCACCUGGAAUCGCCUCCUUGCUGGCGAUUGCGGCAUCGUCAGCGUCGCCGACCGUGAGCCCAAGGAGCGCUGGCAGGAGCUCACGAGCACAGUAGCGGGCGUCGUACCCCUCGGUGGCAUCGAAAAGGGCGGCUGGGAUGCCAAUGACUGGCUCACCGCCGCCGAGCAGCGCCGCAUGUCGCUCUUCACCCAGUACGCCGUCGCGGCCACCGAGAUGGCGCUCAAGGACGCCGAAUGGGACGCGGCCAAGCCAUCAGAAAAAGAAAACACGGGCGUUUGCCUGGGAAGCGGGAUAGGAAACCUCGACGACAUGUACACGACCAGCCUGGAGCACCAUAAGGGGGGAUACAAAAAGGUGUCGCCGCUGUUCGUGCCCAAGAUCCUCACCAACAUGGCCGCCGGCCACAUCGCCAUGAAGCACGGCUUCCAGGGCCCCAACCACACCGCGACCACGGCCUGCACCACCGGCGCGCACUCCAUCGGCGACGCGGCGCGCUUCAUCGCCCUCGGCGACGCCGACGUCAUGGUCGCCGGCGGCUCCGAGUCGUGCAUCCACCCGCUGACCUUUGCCGGCUUCGGCCGCGCGCGCUCCCUCGCCACCGCCCGCAACGACCGCCCGGCUUCCAGCUGCCGGCCGUUCGACGCCGGCCGCGACGGCUUCGUCGUCGCCGAGGGCGCUGCCGUAUGCGUGCUGGAGGAGCUGGAGCACGCUAAGGCGCGGGGGGCGCGCGUGUACGCGGAGGUCCGCGGGUACGGAUGCAGCGGCGACGCGCACCACAUGACGGCGCCGCGCGCGGACGGACACGGCGCGUUCUUGGCGAUGAGGCGCGCGCUGCGCGGCGCGGGGGUGAGGCCGGCGCAGGUGGGUUACGUGAACGCGCACGCGACGGGCACGGAGGUGGGCGACGUCGCGGAGACGAUGGCGAUACGCCGCAUCAUGAUGGGGGAGGAGGGCGUGGCGGAGGAGGGACAGGUCACGGUGAGCAGCACCAAGGGCGCCGUGGGGCACCUGCUGGGCGCGGCCGGUGCGGUCGAGGCCAUGUUCACGAUCCUGGCGAUUCACGAGGGGAUCGUGCCGGCGACGUUGAACUUGGAGUCGCCGAAUGUCGGGGUGGAGUUUGACUUCGUGCCGCGAACGGCCAAGGAUAAGGAUAUCAGCGUGGCGGUGAGCAACAGCUUUGGCUUUGGCGGCACGAACAGCUCGCUGGUUUUUGGAAAGGUUUAG